AUGCAGAAGGUUACUCUUUGCUCAACAACAGGAGUACGCCUUUUCAUCUUUGGUUGGGUGUUGACCACAAUCACCAACUUCCCUUCUGCUUUCACUCAUACUUCUAUCAAUGCAGCUGUCCUCAAAAUGGAUAAGUAUCUGAACGAGUCCUAUACCGAUCGUUAUCGUCCUCUGGAUCAUCACGAGGUUUCAUUGAUUAAAUCUGGGAUCAAUAGUGUAUGGUACGCUGGCCAAGUGGCUGGGGCACUAAUGAGCCCUUAUGUGUGCGAUAAUUGGGGUAGAAAACCAGCCUACUUAAUCUCAGUCGUGGUGAUGACGGCAGCGUGUGGAAUGCAGAUGAUUGCCUCCCUUACUCCCUUUCCCGAGAUUCUGAUUGCUGGGCGUAUCAUCACUGCAAUCUUCUCACCACUUAGUGAUGCUGCCCUUAUCCUAUACCUUCAGGAAAUAUCACCGUCUAGUCUCAGAGGAACGAUGUCAUCGCUUUUUUCCACCGGAUACGCUGUUAUGUGCCUGUUUGGGGUGUUAUUAGGUCAUGAAGACGUACUCGGUUAUUCAUUGUCUGUUCUCCUGUUCGUGCCCGUUAUACCUGGCGUGCUCUCUACUCUAGCCCUUAUUCUCAUGCCGGACACUCCGAAAUUCUUGAUGAUUAAGAGGUUGACGUUGUCAUUCAGACAUUACUCGGUAACAUCAACUGUUCUCAUAAUACAAAAAUUUCAGGCAAGACGGGACGGCUGCAAUGAACUCUCUCAAGUUCUAUCAGGUACAUCACUUCAGGCUAUUCUCACGACAAGACAUCUGCGAGGGGCCUUCGCUGUCUCUGUUGCCGUCCUUAUUCUCACCUUACCAUUCUAUCCCAUUCUGCAGAAUAGUACAUACUUCUUCAUACAUCUUGAUGUCCCAAAGUGGUUGUCGUCUUCCCUGCUUAUGGUGCUUCUCACCUGCUCCUGCAUCACAUCUACAUGUAUAGUGGACAAAUUGCCGCGAAGAUUGUUGCUGACGGCCGGAUCAUCAUGUAUGAUAUCUCUAACCAUUUUCGUGACUGCAGCCGAAUUUGGCUUCAAGUAUAUUGCCAUGGCGGCUGUAUUCGCAUUCAUUUCCUCAUAUGGAAUCGGUGUUGGGCCAGUUGCAUGGUUCAUCUCACCUGAAAUGGUACCAAUACAAUACCGAUCGGCUAUGUUCUGCCUGUGCUACGCCGUACACAGCGUGCUUGUCGUGCUCACCAAUUUCGCUACCGUACCCUUAAUUGGGGUAAUCGGUGCAGUCUGCUUCGUGCCCAUCUUCAUCAUUCCGUGUUCUAUGGCUCUCACCUACAUCUACAUAUUCCUACCGGAGACAAAAGGCCGUGAAAUCAUUGAUAUUGUAAAUGAAUUGAAAGGUUUUACAAAGAAUACUGACGUCGUAACUGCGUAA